AUGACACCUGCCAAGCAUUUUAGUUAUUUAGCUGAUCAUGAAAUCGCUAAAAUGAAACAGGAAGAAGACAAUGAUGACAGGGAGAUAACUCUAGAGGGUUUUAAUAAUGCAGAUAACAGGAUACUUCAGGCAGAGAAACGUGCUGCAUGGCGACAGGCCAGGAUGAAGUCUCUGGAAGCAGAUGCAGUAAAAGCCCAAGUUGUCAUCUCACGUGCUCAAGAACUCAAAACUGAUCCUUCCAAAAAUAAAGCUAAUAUUUCAUCAGAUUUAGAUAUUGCCUUCGCUGAUGAUGAUGAUGGUCACACUCAAAAUGGUCAGCCUCAUACUCAGUUUUUUUCGCCAUCACUCCGGAAACAUUUAAUAGUGGAACGUAGGGACGGUGAAACGACAGUGGAAGAAAGGACUAAUUUGAUUGGUGAAAAUUCUCGCACGAUUACCGAGGAGAUCAUUGAUGAGAAAACUGGCAAACCUACAUUCAGGACGGUACAGGUUAUAGAGAAAACGUUGGAACGGGAGUUGAUAAUGAAGAGGAUCAUUAAGUCAUCCCCAUGA